AUGGCGUUGCGUGCGCGUGGCAUUCAUUCCAUUAUCGGAGGGGAAGGAGAAUCCUCCAAGAAGACAGCCAGACAAUGUUCCAUAAUCCUCUUACUCCUACUCGUAUGCCCGCGGGCUGUGAAUUCUUGUGGGCACGACAGUCACGCGUCGGUUUCUCUCUCUCUCCCUCUUUCGUUAUUGGGCGGAGAUGGGCUGCUGGCAUUCCUUCUAAACUGGGCAUUGUGCUGAUGCCCCCAGACGGUGGCAGAGAAGAACGGAGAGGACCAGCCGAGACUUCUACCUCACAGGGGAGCUCCGCUACAUAGUCUCUAAUGGCCACCUCGCCCUCGUUCGCCUGCCUCUCUGCACUUCUUCCUCUUCUUCUUCUCCGGUGGAUACCUCCAGCUGGUAGCAUAGUCUCUCGCUUUCUCCACACGCAAUUUCUUUUCUAUGAUGCUGCUUAUUCCUCCCAUUGUGUUGGAAUCAGAUUCCUAUGAUCCGUUCGACCCGAACGGGAACAUCACCAUCAAGUGGGAUUUGAUGCAGCUGACGGACAGCGGAUAUGUAGUAUGCCUCUGCUCCCAUCUUCAUUCAAUGCUGAUUUUCUUCUCCUCGUUUUCCACGAAGAUUUUAUUCUCAGAAUCGUCACUUGACACCAAAAUUAACAUAUCAGUACGCUGAUAACAUGUCUCUUGAUAAAUAAAUUAACAGACAUCCUUUGGUUUCCAACCAUAACCUGAUUCCACUUUUAACCAUCACCCUCAUCCACUCCCCCAUGAAACUUUUCCGAAUUGCCUUCGGCUGCUAUUUCUUCAGCUGGCUGCUGACUUCUGUGAUUCAUCAUAGAAUUAUUGUCUAGUGGGUAAAAACUAAAGAGAGAAAAAGAGCCCCAUUGUAACCAUGAGAUGAAUAAAUAGGUGACGAGAUGAUCAGGAUCAUGAGCCCAAGCUAUGGUUUGUCUACUCUAAUACAUGUAGAUAUGCUUAUUUAUAUAUUUGUAUCCAUAGUCACGUACAAAAAUAUCUGUUUUUUUUUCUUUCUUUCCAACUUUAGUACAGUUGACAUUGCUCUGUUUCGAUGCUCUACAGGCAAUGGUGGACAUCAACAACUAUCAGCUCUUCCGCCACGUUGAGAGACCGGGUUGGAAGCUCAAGUGGGAGUGGCCGGGGGAUGAAGUGAUCUGGGAUAUACGGGGUGCAGAGGCAUCAGAGCAAGGGAACUGCAGCAAGUACAAGGGGCAGCUGCCCCACUGCUGCCUGAAAUGGCCUGUCGUCGUCGACCUACUUCCAGGGACUCCAUACAACUAUCAAGUGCGCAACUGCUGUAAAGCGGGAGUGCUGUCCUCCAUAACUCAGGGCCCAUCCAGCAGUGCUGCCUCUUUCCAGAUUGAUGUCGGUAAUAUUCGGUAUGGCAAAAAGCAUGAGGUCCUAAGACCCCGGAACUUUGCUCUUGGGCUCCACGGCUACACUUGCGGGGAGGCAAUUGACUCUGAUCCUACCAAGUUUCUGAGUGGAGAUAAGAGGAGGAAGACACAAGCUCUCCGUAAGUGACCUCUGGGAGAGAGUGGGGAGGGUUUGGAUUUGAGAACAUAUCUAUAUUUUCUCUUGGGUUUGAUUAUUUGAUAUUUAUGUGUUUGGAGGGGAAUUUAUUCGGACUAAUUCCUAAACCAUCAUCGUGGACCCCUUGAAUACCUCGGAUUUAACUAUAUUUGGUCUUCAUACAUGCCCCAUAGGCGUCGGUCAGGGCAUGUCUUCAUUCACAUGCAGAAAAUCAUUGCCUUGGAAUAGGACUAGUCUGGCGGGAUGCACCAAAGCGUUGAGAAAGUUGGCAGGUGGCCAUGCGAAUAUGAUGUUAAGAAGCAUCGACACUUCUAAUAGAAAGAAAGAAGAAAAGAAAAAUUAUAUUUUUGUGACAGAAGUGGAAGAUUAUUCAUCCUUUGAAGGUUGACUAAGUUAGUUCCAUCAGAUGGCUAAGCCUCUAUGUGGCAUUGAUCAUUUUAUUUUCUCCUGCCAUAGAUUAGAAGCAGCGUCCCCAUCUCUUCUUUCAUCUUCUUUCAAGAUGUUGAUCCGCUCCAGGAUGAUUUUUUUUCAGAUACGUGGAAAGUCACAUGCUCCUACUCUCAAUUCAUAGCAUCGGCCAGCCCCAGCUGCUGUGUAUCUCUCUCCACAUUUUACAGCAGUACCAUCGUCGAGUGCCCCCAUUGCAGCUGCGGGUGCCCAGAUGGUCCAUCAGCAGUGAAAUGUGCAAGGCAAGUUUCCUCUUUCUCUGUCUCUCUUCUUCCGUAGCCAUGGCCCAACAUUCCCGCUGUUAUUUUCUCUAUUUUAAUCCAUUAAAUAGCAUCUCCUUUGGUAAUGAAAGGGCCGUGAUUUAUUUAUUUAUUUAUUUAUUUUCUUCUUAUUCUCCGUUCUUAUCCAUGGUUCUGCUUGUUCCAUGCUAGGUAUGGGGAAGAAGCACAAGUUCUACAGUUUCCCAAUGAUGGAGACUCGCCUCCACCCUUUGUGAGGUGCACCCAGCACAUGUGCCCGAUUCAGAUUCACUGGCAUGUGAAGGUGAGCUACAGAGAGUACUGGAGGGUCAAAGUGACGGUGACCAAUUACAACUUGGUCCACAACUACAGCGAGUGGAAUCUGGUCGUCAACCAUCCCAACCUUGAGAGACUGACGCAGGUCUUCAGCUUCGAGCAUGAGUAUCUCCGUAAUUAUGGACCAAUCAGUAAGUCUGCAUCAUCAUACAAGCAUUAGGAUUUCUUUUUUCUGUAUCCCUUUUUCCCCAGAAAAUGGCAUCAUAUUCCAUGAAAUUCAUUGUUUUAGGAUCUGGGUACAGAUCGAAAAGGCUGUAUCUCUCCUAUUUUCAGUGGCUUUUCUAUUUUUUAUCCAUUUUUUCGGACUAGAAGUUCAUCGGUUUUGAGAUUACGAGAGAGAGAGAGAUAGAGAGAGAGAGUAUAUUUCUGUGGGUCCAACUAUAGGAAAACCCCGCAUUUGAUUCAGUAGAAGCUAUGUUCAUCCCCUUGCCAUAUUUCCAACCCGAGGCCUAGCGUGUUCUUGCAGACGAUACGGCGAUGUUCUGGGGGAUCCCCUACUACAACGACAUCCUGCUCCAGUACGGCGAGAGUGGGAACGUCCAGACGGAGAUGCUGCUGCGCAAGGACCCCGCCGCCUUCACCUUCAAGGCGGGCUGGACCUUUCCAAGGCGGAUUAUGUUCAACGGCGAGGACUGCGUGAUGCCCCCCCCGGACCUCUACCCCCAGCUCCCCAGCUCCUACUCUGGAGGCGGCGACGCCACCACAACCAGGGCGGCAGCGGCCUGUCUCCUCCUCCUCGGCCUCCUCUUGCUCGAUGUCUCCGUAAUCUCUUAA